AUGUCUUCAGAGCAGGGCGUGAGUGCGGGUCCAUCAGGGCCAGUUCUGCACGCAAAUGAUGAAACGCAGCACCCUGUAACACUGGAAGCCGCGGAAACAGAGUCUGGUCGGGUGGAUGUACGGGAGGAAGCUCCGCCGCCCGUCAAGAAGGAAGAGCCGUUGCUGUCAGAGUCUGAGACCGACAUUGAUGAGUCGAUCCCGCUGCCGUCCAACAGAACCAGAAGGCUGCAUCGUCUCAUGAGAAGAAGCUCGGAGGACAACGACUCGGACGAUGAGCGAGGCUCCAAAAGACAGGUGCAGAAAAGGUCUGCGUCGCAGAGCUCGCGGUCUUCAGAGCGCAAGGUUAGCGGCAGAAGCGGGAAAGACGCCUCAGGAAGGUCGCUUUUGCAGCGACACUGUGCAAAAGGUCACUACGACGAGGCCAAACAGCUCAUCGAGAACGGAGCAGACGUGAACGAGGCUGAUUUUGCCGGCAACACGCCGCUCCACGAGGCCGCGCUGGAAGGCUAUCUGGAUGUUGUCGAGCUGCUGUUGGACAAUGGAGCAGACAUAAAUGCGCAGUCGGCCCACAUCGACAAGGACACUCCCUUGAUUGACGCAGCCUCAAAUUUGCACUACGAUGUGGUGCGCACGCUGCUGGACCGGGGAGCGAAUCCGUGUUUGGUGAAUUCUCAGGGCGACUCUGCGCUGGACUCUGUAGAGCGAGAUCGCGAUCUGAACGAUUUGGAGGAGGAAGAGCUUAACAAGGUCAAGAAGCUCAGAAAGCUUCUUGCUCAGGCCGCUCGAGAAUACAAAAAGAGCCACACCAAGAGCCAGAGCUCAGGGCCAGGAACAGACUCAGAGAAAGAGGAGGUUUCCAAGCGGUCGAGCGCCGUGUUCUUUGAUCCCUUCUCGAAGGAGGGCAGAUCUGAGAUCUACCACAAGGUUGCGGAAAACGACGUCACGUUUGUGCUGAACUACGUUUCGAACCUCGCCGGAAGCAAGAUCUCUCCCGAACUGCUAUGUCUGGCUGCGAAGCACGGCCAUACUGACAUAGCCAGUUUGCUUAUUGCCUUUGGAGCCAAGGUGAACUACGUUGAUAAGAGCGGAAUGACGCCUCUGAUGCAUUCUGUGGGAAAGGACCAUAUUGACAUGGUCAAGCUGCUUUUGGAAAACAAGGCGGAUGUGUCGUUGAUGGACAAACACGGCCGGACGGCGAUUGACAUACUACAAGAGAGCUACGAACCUGACGACGAGGAGAUGAGGAUUCUGAUGGAGGCAAGCCAAAAGAGUUCCAAAAAACGGAAAGAGCGUGCUGAGACACCGGCGAAUGAGCGGAGAAAGAGCGAGGUGAAGAAAAUAAAACACAAGCCGUCUACAGACAGCGACACGUCGACACGAUCUGCCUCUCAGACGCCGGCUGCUACGCGUGUUUCGACGCCUGUGAAACAGGAGCACAAACCAGAGCCCAAAACGGAACCGAAGACAGAGCCUAAACGGGAGGAGAAGCCUCUUGAUCCUACUCCAGAGGAGCUGGAGGAAAGGAGAAAGCAGGAAGAGGAGGCACGUAAAGCGCGCGAGGCUCUCGAGUUACAGCGGCUGGAGAGAAAGAAGGCGCGCCAGCAGCAGAUUGCUCGAACCAUCGCAGAGCAGGAAAGACAGAGAAACGAAGAGCUGCGUGCUGCUGCCAUGGCGGAAGAGAGAAGAAAACAGCAGGAGGAGCAGGAACGCGCCCGGAGGCUACAGGAGGAAGAGCAGCGUGCUCAGCAGGAAGCAGAGAAGCAGAACAUGGAACGCAAGCAGUAUAUUCGCAGCUACUAUCCGUACGGACUGAAGAUUGCAAGGUUUGACGGUGACCGUACAGAGAGAGAGAUAUCGCAAUAUUUUCCGGUGUACGUGUACGAGGUGGGCGGUGAGAGCUAUUUGGUCGAUUUGCAGGCGAUCUUGAUACUGGGGACAGAGAAGUUCUACGACGAGAAUAGUGAGAUCGAGAAAAGGCCGCUCACUAGAGCAGAAAAAGCGCGUGUGUGGAAUAUCCUGUGGCCGAUGAUUGGCGUGUUUCUGAAAGGCGACAGUGUGCAGCUACAAGAGCUCAGAAAGAUGUAUGACCAUGAGGAGAAGAAUUUUGAGGAGUUGGUGCUCAACUGGAUCAAACUGAGCGACUUUGACAAAAUCCUGGAGAACUCAAAGUACGCCGUUGCCAAACAAGUCUCCGAGAAGUUUGCGCUCUGCAAAGUGUCGCCCGUGGAGCACACAGAUCAGACUGUGACUUUACCAAAAAAUGAGAUAAGCGGACCUGUGACGGAGCGCCCGGUGCCUCUUCGUCUCGGGCCUAAAGCCAAAGCAGUCCUACAAACGUUCGACAGGAAACUGUGGUAA